AAAACUCCUCUUGCCAGCGCCCGUCCGGCCGCCCCCACAAGCCACGAAAUCCUCGCCCGUUUAGCCACACAGCCAGCGGCCGGCGACGCACCCGAAGCAGCGCGCGCAGGCUACCCCAAAACCACCGGAUAGUCAAUCCCUCGGCGGGCCACGAGCGCGAGAGAAGCAGCGGCAGCGAUGGAGCCGGAGGGGGUGCGGCACCGGAUGGUGGAGGUGGCCAAGGGGGUGCGGCUGCACGUGGCGGAGGUGGGGCCCGAGAACGGUCCCGUGGUGCUGCUCGUGCACGGCUUCCCGGACCUCUGGUACGGCUGGCGCCACCAGAUGGUCGCCCUGGCGGCCCGGGGCUUCCGCGCCGUCGCGCCCGACAUGCGCGGCUACGGCGACUCCGACGUCCCGCCCUCCGCGGGCUCCUACUCCAUCUUCCACCUCGUCGGCGACCUCGUCGCCCUCAUCGCCGACCUCGCUCAGCCCCAGGUGUUCGUGGUUGGGCACGACUGGGGCGCACUCGUGGCAUGGCAGCUCUGCCUGCUCCGGCCGGACCUUGUGCGGGCGCUCGUUAACCUCAGCGUGGCCUACCACCCGCGCAGCUCCGAGGGGAGCCCGCUCCAGGUCGUCAGGGCCUUGUGCGGGGAAGACCACUACAUGUGCCGUUUCCAGGAGCCUGGAGUCGCUGAAGCUGAAUUUGCUCUAUACGACAAUAGUCAUAAGUUUAAGACGGUCUUUGGAAUGCGCAAACCAGCUCCUCCUAUUCUACCCAAGGACAAGACCUUCUUUGACUCACUAGAUUCGGAUGGUACUUGCCCUCCAUGGUUGUCUGAAGAAGAUAUUUCCUACUAUGCAGACAAAUUUGAGAAGACAGGGUUUACAGGAGGGCUUAACUACUACAGAUGCAUGGACUUGAAUUGGGAGCUUUCUGCACCAUGGACUGGAGCUCCAAUAAAAAUAGCAACAAAAUUCAUCGUUGGGGACCUUGACGUUACAUACAGUGUACCGGGGGUGAAAGACUACAUUCACAAGGGUGGCUUGAAAGCGAGCGUGCCGAAUCUGGAGGAUGUGGUUGUUAUGGAGGGAGUGAGUCACUUCUGCAACCAGGAGAAGCCUAAUGAGGUUUCAGAUUACAUCUGCGAGUUCUUCAGCAAGUUCUGAUUAUCAAGAGAGUCUCGGCGAACCGACUUGUUUUGGUGCUGUUUAUGUACUUAUAAGUUGUCGAUUACACAUGCCAUGAUACUGAAUUUUCUCUAAAUAAAACCAUGGUCUGAUUGUCACAGAAGAAUUUCUGUGAACUCUCAUGUCCUCCUGUUUCUAUGCAGAGGGAAGUGUAACCUGUGGGCAGCAGUGAAAUCUUAGCAGCUGAAACCGGUAGAAAAAACCACCAGAUUACCGUUUCUU